UCAAGGUCCCCCGAUCCAGAGAGCCGGGCAGAACGAGCGAAAAUGAGCCUAGACGAUGUGUCGAAGGCGUUCGUGGAACACUACUUCUCGACUUUCGAUUCGGACUGAGCCGCGUUGGCGAACCUGUACCGGGAGGGCUCCAUGCUGACCUUCGAAGGCCAGAAGAUCCAGAGCUCGCAGAACAUUGUGGCCAACCUCACCAGCCUCCUCCUCCAGCAGUGCAAGCACACCAUCAACUGCCAGCCAUCCGGCCCCGCUGGCGGCAUGCUCGUCUUCGUCAGCGGAAAUCUUGAGCUCGCUGGUGAACAACACGCACUCAAAUUCAGCCAGGUAUUUCUUCAAACACCUAAUAAGCUGACAAUAUUUACUUAAUGCUUGUUUCUGAAGGCAUAGCCAUCGGUUUAUGCACUCGCCAGAGCAAUAUACGGCGAGUGAAAAAUCAAUCUUUUGAUUGCUUGAACACGCGAACAUUUUCCAAGUCUUUCUCGUAGUCUACUAACAGCCUUGAGCUUUUUAACUUCCAACGUAUUUAUAUCAAGGUCUCACUUGACCAUUUUCCUAGGGUUCAUCUCCCGACAGUUUUGUCACGGUUGUUGUAUAUGGCUGGAUAAGGAAUACAUGAAUGUUUGGCCGAGUUAAUGGCUAGAUUGUUACCUUAUGCUGGAUUGUAGUAUAGCUGGUGAGUUAGGUUAAUCUUUGCACUACAACGUUAGGCAUUUGGUAUUUAAAUGGGGAAUCAAUUACUUGUUGGCAAAUAUAUUCUAGCUUUCCUCGGUGCCGUCCAUCGUAAUUCUUGCUUGUAACUCUGUUUCAUGCGUCAUUGUUCCUAACUUAUGAAUGCUUCUGUUUCUCCUGUAAUUCCUGCCUUCUAUGUUAUGCCUCAAUUUUGUGUAGAUGUUCCAUCUGAUACCGACACAACAGGGGAGCUUUUACGAGUUGAAUGACAUUUUUCGCUUGAAUUAUGCACGAGCAGUGUUAAGAUUCUGUAGAUGUUCCAUCUGAUACCGACAUUUUUCCCUUGACAGACGAGUCUUUUUUUGAAAAAAUACAAAAUAAAAAAAAUAAAAAAUCAUUAUUUGACUUCUAAAAUUCAAUCCAGAUUGUGCCAUUGCUUUUCUGUCUCUCUUUCUGUUUUUUCCUCUAACAUGGAGGUGGCGUGAUCAUGGCGAUGUCUAUGAAAUGCUACCACCAGAAUAUUUCUGUCAUAAGCAAUCAAAAAGUGCUUUUUGAGCUCCAAGAUUAUAAACGUCGUUCUUUCAUUAGUCCCCUUUCAUAUGAUCAGUUUCACUUUAGUUAAUAGACUGAGAUUGACUGGCAAGGGGACAAUCAAAACUGUACGAGAGUCCUACGUCCGCAGUUGCCUUCGACGGUAGCAGUGCAUUGCAUGUGACGUGUAUGGUAUAUAAUGUGAAUCUGAAUAGCUUGAUUCUCUAACCUUCACUUUUUCAGUUUCCUAGUCAUCAACUCCUUUGUCCCUUCCUCCCAAAGCAAAACUUAACCUCUAUAAUCAUCUUUCCUUCUCAAUUCCGUUGCCACUCCUUGUGAACUUUAAGAGAGACUACAGAGAGGUCUGGUGAGGGUUUAGAAAGAAAGAGAUCAAUCGAUCUGUAGAAGAAGAAGAACAUGUCGGAUUGGGGGCCGGUGUUUGUGGCCACGGUGCUCUUCAUACUGCUCACGCCGGGGUUACUGAUUCAGAUGCCGGGGAAAAAACGCUACGUAGAAUUUGGCAACUUCCAGACGAGUGGAGUGUCCAUUCUGGUUCAUUCCGUCAUCUAUUUUGCUCUAAUAUGCAUCUUCUUGUUAGCUAUUGGAGUCCACAUGUACCUGGGCUCAUAGCUCCCAGAAUAAACACCAUCCAUAUCUGCAAGUUCCCGAUCUAGUGGUGACGUCGUGUGCUUCUAAUCUCUGUUGUCAUGUCCUAUCUAUUUCUUCUAUAAUUAAAUUGUGUGCUUCUAUUACUUGUAUUGCAAUUUUUCCAUUGAUUCUCCCUAUUAAUGACAAAUGGUUUGACUUGUUUGCA